GACGGUCAGAAUUCAACCUUUUCGCAUGUUGAUUAGAUCUUCUUCUUAUAUGUUUUGUUGUUUUUAAUUGUAGUUUCUAUAUCAAGGAUUCUUUAUUAACAGAGCGACGAGCUGCAUUCGCCUGACGACCAUUCUCUUUAUUAUCAGAUCACCCGUUACUAUCGCAAUUGAAUUCUUCGAUAAAUCUCACUAUCAAACCUCAUAAUGUCCUCCCAAACCGCCCUGUCCGCACGCAGUGCUUACCGCCAACUCCUCCGCGCUACCCGCAUUGCCUUCCGGGACGAUGUCCGUGUUAUGAUUGCUGCCCGUCAAGAGGCUCGCCGGAACUUCGACAGCCACCGCCGCGAAGGCAUUGAUACUCCGAUGCAGAUCAACCAUGCGCUCGAAGUGGCGAACAUUCUCAGACACAACAUUGUCCAGGGUGUACGGGAACAAGAUGAUGAGAAUGCCAAGUGGGAACUCCGCAUUCAUGACGACAUCGAGCGCGGCGAUAACGACACCAUCAGAGUUAAGGGAAAGACUGUCAAGGUGGAUAAGGCAUGCUCGUCAUAGAGGGAGGGUCUUCCGUGUGGAAUCUGACUGUCUGGAAGCCUAUGCGUGGGUGAAAGGAUGACUGCAGACUAUGGCAUUUGCAGACUGUAUUAUAGUAUACCCAAACUUUUCUCUCUCCUUCCGGCGUCUUUGGGGGUAUUUUAUGGUUUAAUCAGAAUGUAGAAAAUAUACACAACGC